AUGGCUAUUACCAUCUCUGUGAGCUGCACAAUGUCUCAUACACCUCAGGAUGAAAUUCCUCUUGGUCGGCCAAAGAAGAAAAAACCUAAAGCAAGCAACACAUCAGAGGAUAUCUUGCAAGGAACAGCAUUUAGGGCUUCUGAGAGCACAGAACCUCUAACGCCAGAAAAACGAAAGAGGAAAAAAAAGAAGUUGCCCCAAGAGUCUGAAACUUCAUUCAACGAGCCAAGUUUUCCCAGAGGAUCUGUAGUACAGAAUGGUAAUGAGUACCAGCCGACAGAGGAGAGCACUGCUCGCAAGCCACGUCGCAGGGCCAAAAAAACUCGUCCCCCUGAGGAAUAUUCCAACGAACUUGGUGUCGAAGAAGAAGAUAUCAUUCCUGAUGGGCAGAUUCAGACACCAGAGCCACAUCCUGUGUAUAUAUCACCAUCCUUGGCCAGCCAGCCUGUGGGCAAACUGUUUGUAGAGAAGAAUCGGAGGUUUCAAGCAGCCAGUCGAUCCAGCAUCAUUAAAACUGCCGACCAAGUGGAUGUUUUCAUGGAUGUUAAACCAACUUGGACCAGUAUGGAUGUCUCUCUUUCAGUACACCGAGUCUUCAGGAUCAUCGGACUGUUUAGCAGCGGAUUUCUAGCGGGUUACACCGUGUGGAAUAUCGUUGUGAUCUAUGUGCUUUCGGGUACCCAGCUUUCCACGCCUUCUAACUUGCUCGAGAUUUACAAAGGUCUGGCAUAUCCAUCCCAGUGCUUCUUAUAUUUCCUGUUGGCUCUCAGCACCAUCUCAGCCUUCGACAGGAUUGAUCUGGCAAGCGCCUCCGCUGCACUGCACCGGUUUCUUACACUAGAUCAGUCUGCUGUGGCUUCCUUCUUGUAUUUUGCUGCAAUUAUCCUGGCCCUAAGUCAGCAGAUGACAAGUGAUCGGAUUAACUUUUACACACCGCCAACCGAGAAUGGCAGCUUAUGGCAGGCAGAUACUGAAACGCAGAUCCUUCAGCCAUGGAUCGUGGUAAAUCUGGUAGUUGCUCUAUUGGUUGGAUUGGCCUGGCUUUUCCUGUCUUGCCGUCCAGAUCUAGAUCACAGCGAAGAGGCCAUUUUUGUAUUUAAAGAUGAGGAACAGCAAGACAUCGAAAAAGGGAUCAAAAUUCAAGCCUAAAAAAUGAUGUUCCAACUGAUGCCUUUUUGAAAAUUAUUUUAUACAUUUUCUAAACAGUAUAUUUUUAUAACAUUUUAUUUGUUUUUAUAUGUUUGUGUAAAUUAUUUAUUUUUGA